AUGAGCCGGGCGCCGGCGUUCCUGAGCGCCGCCGAGGUGCUGGAGCACCUCCGCAGCUCCAGCCUCCUCAUCCCGCCUUUGGAGGCGGCUCUGGCCAACUUCUCCAGCGGCCCCGACGGAGGCGUCAUGCAGCCGGUGCGCACCGUGGUGCCGGUGGCCAAGCACAGGGGCUUCCUGGGGGUCAUGCCUGCCUACAGUGCUGCAGAAGACGCCCUGACCACCAAGUUGGUCACCUUCUACGAGGGCCACAGCACCAUCUCCAUGGUGCCCUCCCACCAGGCCACUGUGCUGCUCUUUGAGCCCAGCAAUGGCUCCCUUCUGGCGGUCAUGGAUGGAAAUGUCAUCACCGCAAAGAGAACAGCUGCAGUAUCUGCCAUCGCCACUAAGUUUUUGAAACCACCCAGCAGUGAAGUGUUGUGCAUCCUUGGGGCUGGGGUCCAGGCCUAUAGCCACUACGAGGUCUUCACAGAACAGUUCUCCUUCAAAGAGGUGAGGAUAUGGAACCGCACCAAAGAACAUGCAGAGAAGUUUGCAGACACAGUUCAAGGAGAGGUACAGGUCUGUUCGUCGGUCCAGGAGGCGGUGACAGGUGCAGAUGUGAUCAUCACAGUCACCAUGGCAACAGAGCCCAUUUUGUUUGGUGAAUGGGUGAAGCCGGGGGCUCACAUCAAUGCCAUUGGAGCGAGCAGACCCGACUGGAGAGAGCUGGACGACGAGCUGAUGAAACAGGCUGUGCUGUAUGUGGAUUCCCAAGAGGCUGCCCUGAAAGAGUCUGGAGAUGUCCUCCUGUCAGGGGCUGAGAUCUUUGCUGAGCUGGGAGAAGUGGUGAGGGGAGUCAAGCCAGCGCACUGCGACAAGACCACGGUGUUCAAGUCUUUAGGAAUGGCGGUGGAAGACCUGGUUGCAGCCAAACUAGUGUACGAUUCCUGGUCAUCUGGCAAAUGA